CGGAGGAAUAAGUCGUUGCCAUUGGAAGUGGUGACACAAAUCUCGUUCGACGACGAGUUCGCUGAGACGGCGCUCAUCAUCGACGCGGACGAAGGGGUCACUACUUCUCCCACCAAAGCAUCCAAACCAAAGCCCAAGAGGUCGCGAUCGACGUCAAAGUCGUCACCGGAUGGUAAGGGAAGGGGCGGCGGCGCCGGUGGCAGUGAUAGAAAGCCCGCCAAACGCGGCAAAAGCAAUGCCACCGGCGAUGAGAAGCCCAAGAAGAAGAGGAAUGCGGUGAUCACGGCCUACAUGUUGUGGUCGAAGGAGCACCGGUCGAAAAUACAACACCAGUGCCCGGACCUGGACUUCGCCGACAUUAGUCGCCGGUUGGGAGAGGUUUGGCAGGCGAUGGCCGACAAGGAGAAGAUCGCGUGGCGCCGGAAGGCACAGAAACUGGUAACCAAAGGCUCGUCGAUCAUCAGCACCGGUAAACCGAAGGCAUCGCCGCCUAAAACUAACGCCAAAGCGGCCAACCACUCGACUGGAGACCCGGCGCUCGCACUCAAUAGCGACGACUGUUAUACCCCUAUUGAGGACUUAUGGCGACCGAUAGGCACGGCUCCCAUCGACGUGUCGUCUCAUCUGAAACUGUUGGGCGAGUCGUUGACGACGAUCGGUGAGAGGCUUAAGGAACACAGCGGACAGAUAGCUGUGUCCGGCUCUCUGUCUGUGCUCUUGGACUCGACUCUGUGCGCCAUCGGACCCCUCCUAUGCCUCACCCAAUUAGACCACAAUCUUAACGGCUGUUCCCAAGAGAUUCAUAAGAAGACGUUGGAUAACAUCGCGUAUAUAAUGCCCGGGAUC